UUGUAUAAAACUGUCAGCUUUGAAUUCAUCGCGCCAGUCAGUAGACAAACUACAACAAAAUGCGGUGGUUCAUACUCCUGUGCGCGGCUGCGGUCGUCAACAAUGCUAACGCCCAAAACCAGAUUUGGGAAUUAAACAGCGGCCUAACCGACGUGGUCGUCGGACCGGAUACCGCCGUCCACUGCCAGCUCACCAACCCCUCUGGCAGCCUCGCCUUCGAUGACUUCGGGCCGUGCAGGGUCAGCAUCGACCGGGUCACGGAGCAGCACAGUGGGGUGUGGACCAUGAGCAUAAUUCAGCAGAAUAAUGUGUUGGCUGUACAGCAGAGUUUUACUGUACAGGUUACUUCUGCAGCUGCAGACUCCAAACCCACGGUAUCAACGAGCGUGCAGCAAGACAAGCCUCUAAUAAUGCUGGCGUGCUCCGUGGUGAGCGCUGACGUGGUCACAGCCUGCGUGUUUAGAGACCCCUCUGGUCGGGUGCUACAGGCUCGCCAAGGCGUCUCUGAGGAUCGAUACAGCUUCAUUGAAAGCUCAACCGCCGGCGUGCAGAGCUGCGGCAUAGAGAUCAACGGACCCCUGGCUUCAGACCUGGGCCUGUGGCGCUGUGACCUCCAAACCAAUACGGAUACCUACUUCGGUCAUCUCUCCGUGCUGUGCCCCUGGGCCAUGCAAGACCCUGAAAUAGCGGCGUCUGUUAUCGCAGUUCCCACUCUGACCAGUCAGACCAAGGAUCAGGUGGUGAGCGAGGGAGACAGUGUGACUAUGUCCUGCUCGAUCCAGACCGCCAUACGUUAUUGCUAUUUCCGAGCGAGAAACGGAACGAUCUUCAAUGUAAGGCCUGGUAUGACUUCCUCUUCCAUGGAGUACGUCGGCGCCAGUCUGGAGGCCGGAGAGUGCGGCGUGCGGUUCCCUUCGCUCUUAGCUACUGAUAGCGGUACUUGGAGCUGCCACGUCGGCUUCCCAGACAGCAGCGAGGAUGAACAGCACGUGCAGUUCUCCAUUCAAGUACAAGAACCGAUAUCCGCUAGCCAAUUCGUGGAAGGCAACGAGUUGGUGGUAGAGGGAAUAGUCAAUGGACAUCCUGCGCUCGACUACUGCAGAUUCGUCCGCAUUGACGGACAAGGAUUCACUUCUGAGAAUGUACCAGCCGGUUACACCGACAGCAGUGCUCUCAGCCAGGGUCAUUGCAUGAUCCGCGUGGCAUCGCCCACAAUUCUGGAGCACCAUCCCUGGACCGUAGUGGCCAAGGUCCAAGGCCAGGACACGGAGCUGGCACAGUCCACCGACCAUACUAUCGAGAUGCCUCCACCAGGUGGCCCCUUGACUUGGUGGAUAUACGUGUUGCUGGUCGUGACGCUGGUAGCGCUGGUGGCCGCAUUCGCCUUCAAACGCAACCGCCGCUGGGCCGCCGAGACCGCCGCCGGCGUGCGCGAUAGCUUCAGGAAGAACAAAUAUCCUGAGCAGGAGAAGCCACCCCUACCAGCCUAAUAGACCCUAUAUUUGAAA